UUAGCACCUUCAGACUUCCAUCUCUUUGGGCCUAUGAAAGUUGGAUUACAUGGACAUUUUCCAGACAGUGAUGCUGUUAUUGCAGCUGUAACAAAGUGGCUUGCCUCUGCUAGCGCAGACUUUUACAAGCACUGCAUACAGGCUCUUGUUCAUCGCUUGCAAAAGUGCAUAAUGAAUGGUGGUGAUUAUGUGGAAAAAUUACCGAAGGUCAAGAGCAGAGAAUACCACAACCGUGAGAUGAAAGAGAGUGCUUAUUUAGCACUGACGGAAAAAAUGAAAACUGUUGAUCCCCAAGCCAACAAGGAAACUGUGUUGAAAAAGAUCAACAGUCUACGUAGCAGUUUCAGGAAGGAACAGAAGAAAGUAUUGACGGCUAAGAAAUCUGGAAUGAGUAGCGAAGACUGAAAUUGUGGUACUACAAAGAUUUGUUGUUCCUGGUAGACCAAGAAGAGGCCUUGGACAGGUUUUCAAGUCUUGUUAGUGAUACGGAGAGUACUUUGAAUGAACUUCAGCCUGUGCAUGGUGAGGAGCGACAGUAUUCUUGUGAUGAGUGUGGUGAUUCAUUCAGUCAACAGCUAAUUCUGAGAGCACAUCAACAUAUGCAUACUGGGGGGCAGCCAUUUUGUUGCAACGUAUGUAAUAAGUCAUUCAGUUGUAAGAUUAAUCUGAAUACACAUCAGCGCAUACAUACCAGGGAGUGGCCAUUAUUUAGAUGUGAUAUGUGUAAUAAACCAUUCAGUAAUCAAUGUGCACUGAAUGCACAUCAGCGUGUACAUAGUGGGGAGCGGCCAUUAUUUAGAUGUGAUAUGUGUAAUAGGUCAUUCAGUAAUCAGAGCACACUUGAGAGACAUCAGCCCAUGCAUACUGGGGAGCGGCCAUUUAGAUGUGAUGUAUGUAAUAACUCAUUCGGUCAUCAGAGUUCACUGAAAAGACAUCAGCUCGUACAUACUGGAGAGCGGCCAUUUAGAUGUGAUAUAUGUAAUAAGCCAUUCAAGAAUCAGAGUCGUCUGAAAAUACAUCAGCACAUACAUACUGGAGAGCGGCCAUUUGUAUGUGAUGUAUGUAAUAAGGCAUUCAGGAAGCAGGGUGCACUGAAGAAACAUCAGCGCAUACAUACUGGAGAGCGGCCAUUUAGAUGUGAUGUAUGUAAUAAGGCAUUCAGUGAUAAGAGUCAUAUGAAGACACAUCAGCGCAUACAUACCGGGGAGCAGUCAUUUGUAUGUGAUGUAUGUAAUAAGGCAUUCAGGAAGCAGGGUGCACUGAAGAAACAUCAGCGCAUACAUACUGGGGAGCGGCCAUUUGUAUGUGAUGUAUGUAAUAAGGCAUUCAGGAAGCCAGGUGCACUUAAGAAACAUCAGCGCAUACAUACUGGAGAGCGGCCAUUUAGAUGUGAUGUAUGUAAUAAGACAUUCAAGAAUCAGAGUCAUCUGAAAGGACAUCAGCACAUACAUACUGGAGAGUUGCCAUUUGUAUGUGAUGUAUGUAAUAAUGCAUACAGGAAGCAGAGUACACUGAAGAUACAUCACCGCAUACAUACUGGGGAGCGGCCAUUUGUAUGUGAUGUGUGUAAUAAGGCAUUCAGGAAUCAGGAUACACUGAAGAAACAUCAGCGCAUACAUACUGGGGAGCGGCCCUUUGUAUGUGAUGUAUGUAAUAAGGCAUUCAGGAAGCCAGGUGCACUUAAGAAACAUCAGCGCAUACAUACUGGAGAGCGGCCAUUUAGAUGUGAUGUAUGUAAUAAGACAUUCAAGAAUCAGAGUCAUCUGAAAGGACAUCAGCACAUACAUACUGGAGAGUUGCCAUUUGUAUGUGAUGUAUGUAAUAAUGCAUACAGGAAGCAGAGUACACUGAAGAUACAUCACCGCAUACAUACUGGGGAGCGGCCAUUUGUAUGUGAUGUGUGUAAUAAGGCAUUCAGGAAUCAGGAUACACUGAAGAAACAUCAGCGCAUACAUACUGGGGAGCGGCCAUUUGUAUGUGAUGUAUGUAAUAAGGCAUUCAGGAAGCCAGGUGCACUUAAGAAACAUCAGCGCAUACAUACUGGAGAGCGGCCAUUUAGAUGUGAUGUAUGUAAUAAGACAUUCAAGAAUCAGAGUCAUCUGAAAGGACAUCAGCACAUACAUACUGGAGAGUUGCCAUUUGUAUGUGAUGUAUGUAAUAAUGCAUACAGGAAGCAGAGUACACUGAAGAUACAUCACCGCAUACAUACUGGGGAGCGGCCAUUUGUAUGUGAUGUAUGUAAUAAUGCAUACAGGAAGCAGAGUACACUGAAGAUACAUCACCGCAUACAUACUGGGGAGCGGCCAUUUGUAUGUGAUGUAUGUAAUAAGGCAUUCAGUGAUAAGAGUCAUAUGAAGACACAUCAGCGCAUACAUACUGGGGAGCAGUCAUUUGUAUGAGAUGUAUGUAAUAGGGCAUUCAGUCACCAGAGUAAUCUGAAGUCACAUGAGAGCUUACAUCUUGACGUGUGCAGUAAAUCACAAAGCAGUGGAGAUGGGUUUAGACUAAAGGAACAAUAUGUAAUUUGUAGCAUUCCACAGUAUUUCAUGUUGAAAUAAGACAGUUUUUCUGUGUGUUGCAUGCUGCAAGAUAUUCUAGUUCUUUGCUGUUGCUAACCUUUCCAGCUGACUGGAAAUGAACUGUGUCCCAUGAUAUAAAAUGUUACUGUGUGUCAAUAUCUGUUUAAUUCUGAUUGUGGAAUGUGCACAAGACCCCAUCUUUUGUGGAAAUAGACAUGACAUGACAUGACAGGACAUGACAUUCUCUUACAGUUAUGAUGUUAAUUCAGCAGUGUAAGCUAGUGAUUAAUAGUGUGUAGUCACUGAAACUGAUUGACAGCUCAUAAACAUAAUUGUGCAGUCAUAAAAAGACAAAACAGUUCCAUCCAGUGUGACUGGUGAAGACUUUUCUUACUUUAGUUUUUCAUACCCUUGCAUGUUUCGGUCCUUAGAGGCCAUCAUUAGAGGGACAUCAAUACAGUUUGGAAAACAGCUAUUACAAUAGAUUUUCUGAGUGUUAAAAUAUACAUACAAUGUUGAUAAUAUACAAAUGGAUACAAAAUCCAAAGUUUUUACAACUAUCACACCUGCCUUGAUAUAUUAAAAUUUGAUUUUUAUUACUUAAGUUAGAAUUUAUAAACUGAAUAGGUUCGUGUCCCUUUUCCUAUUACGUCUCUUGACAGGGGCCGAAUGUGUGCCGCCUGUCAUUCUUGAGAAGAAGGUUCUUUGAUGUCAUCUGUGGUUGUUUGUGGCACACUGUGUGCAGCUUCAUUUUCUCUCUCUCCUCUCUCUCCCCCCCCUUUUUUUUUCUGUGUGUUAUCUAUGCUCUUUCACCAUCGGCUGGGAGUAAAUUCUUUGAUCAGUUAGUUACAUAUUGAGAUGACUGUUAUGAAUUGGUCAGAUGAACACAAACUAUGCAGACAAAAUAUCAUAUUGUGGGAUACUUGGUAUAAUGAUUAUAAAAAGCAAGUUAAAUAAGGACGUGUUGAUUCUGCUUGUGGAGAAAUAAAAUGAUACAUUGAAUGUCAUUUAAAGGAUCCUGAAGACUUGGAUACAUCUUUUCAUUGUGAAUAUCAGAUAGCACAGUACUAUGAACUAAGCGGCCUCUCCCCUCUUACAGAAUACUUUAGAAAGGGGAUAACGGCGCUUCCGUUCCUGGUUCAUACAUGCUUUCUAAAUGCCUCCUCCGAGAUUGAAUGGGGUGUCCAAAUAGCAAGUAAAUAAGUAAAUAACUAUAUUUAAUAUAACAAAAUUAAUUAAAAAUUAACAGUCAAAAUAGAGACCCCACUCACAGUAUUCCAAAAACUGAUAUUAAAUACAACAAUAUUUUCACAAAGAAUACUCGCACACUGCAUUACCAAAAGUCAAAAACAGCCCCCCCCCAAAAAAAAAUACAUGGGGCAAUAUAAAAUACCAAGCCAGGAAAAUAACCCUCGAAGAAAACCCCUAUAUAGAGACACUCAGUGCACCCGUCUCAAGACCUAGGGGGGUGCAAGCCCUCCGCAGCUGGAAGGAAGAAAUCCAAAAUGGAAUUUUGACCAACACAACACUCAACAGAAUUCUGCUACCUCCUUCACUGGCCACUUGUAACCGAGUGCUCUCGUCCUCCUUUUCAUCGCUAGAUUACUGAAAAACGCUAGAGACAGCUGGAGGGGAAGGAAAUCACGUGAUGGACUGGAA